AUGCAUGCACAUUUGGAAUUUGCAAGCAACUCCUUUGUCACUGUUUACCAUGAUUGUAGAGUAAAAUAUGUGGAUAUUGAGAACUUGAGUGUCACAGGAAUCUAUGUGAGCAGCAUGGAUGCUGGCUGUGAUGCUGCUAACCAACCAAAAAUGAUAGCGUCAGUGAUUUUAAGUGGAACUGCAAAGGCAGGUAGUGGCGGACCAUCAAUUGGUCUUGUCGACAUUGGCGUCAGUGAAAAUGCAUAUCUUUUCCGUGUUGCACUGCCUGGCAUCCGGAGAAAUGAAAGUAAUUUAAAAUGUGAUAUCCAACAUAAUGGGACUGUUCACAUAAAGGGUGUGGUAACCAUUGAUGCUGGAAUUCUGAAAGAUUCAUGUAGUGUCUUCCAGAUGAGGGUCCAGCAACUAUGCCCUCCCGGACCAUUCACCAUUUCUUUUAAAUUGCCUGGGCCUGUUGACCCUCGACUCUUCUGUCCAAAUUUCCGGAAUGAUGGUGUCUUGGAAGUGGCAGUUAUGAAAUACAGAGUACCAAGUGUUCCAACAAACGGGGUUCCACCUUUGUGA